UUGUUAGAAGAGUGCUGAAUUUAGUAACGGUCAUAAGCAUCGCAUCGUCAAGGCCUGCACAACGAGAGAGCGAAGAACCCCCAAAGGUGUGCAGUACCGAUGUAUGUAAAGCAAGAGCGGAGCUAAUCAAGAAAUCUCUGAACACGUCCGUCGAUCCAUGCAACGACUUCUACUCUUACGCCUGUGGUGGGUGGAUCAGUAACCACACGUUGCCACCGAGCGCGCCUUCCUACGGUGUUUUCGACAUGCUGGACCAAGAAUUAUUACUAACACUGAAAGGUGCGCUGGAAAACAUUACCGAGGCGAACGAAACAGCAGUGGUCAUCAGGAAUGCUGCUGCCGUGUACAAUGCUUGCAAAGCUGUUCCGACAGAGAAGGACAGACCAGACAUCCUUUUGGGUAUACUGAACACAUCUGGGCUCGGCCAAUGGCCAAUUACUAACUCGAGCAGCCGGAGGUUUUCAAAUAUAUCCGAGGCGCUCGAAGUAACUGGACCCGACCCUAUACUGUCAUUAUAUAUUGAACGGGACGCCCAAGAGCUGUCUUCUUACGUCAUACAGAUUGACCAAGUCACUUUCACGACACUGGGAAGAAACCAACUUAUACAUCCGUACAGCGAAGAGAACCAGAACAUAACUGAGGCCUACAAGAAGCUCAUCGAAGUAGCCGUCAGAUUCAUCAAGCCCAACAUCAGUGACGUCGAACUCAAUACCAUUGUCUGCGAUGUCCUCUUGCUUGAAAGGGAUUUGGCAAAUAUGACAUCCCCGCCUGAGGAUAGGAAAAACCUACUCGACAUUUACCACAGGACAACAAUUUCCGAAAUGGAGUGUAACUUCACGAACAUUCCUCUCCUUAAUUUGCUUAACAAGGAGUUCUCCAAAGCGAACAUGACGCUAAACAGCAGUGAAACUUUGGAACUGUACGCUUUGGAAUACUACCAAAAACUGAAUGAGUAUAUCUGCGGAAUCAACCCGGAAACGCUAUUCAACUACGCUGGUGUCCGCGUCGUGCUGAGCUGGGCCGCCGACCUGUCAAGUGAAUACCGAAAUGCCUCAUUCGAGCUGAACAAGGUUGCUUGGGGAGUUCAAACCCAAAAGGAACGGUGGUCCCAGUGCAUAACAUAUCUGAGCAGUGGGAUGCGGCAAGUCAUUGACUACCUUUACGUUAAAGAAAAGUUUAGUGCUGAAGCGAAGAAAGAGGUUACCGAGUACGUCAAUAAUAUUACAAAUGUGUUCCGCGAUGACCUCAACAAAAGUGUUUGGAUGGACAACAAUACCAGAGGCGCCGCAUUGGACAAGUUAGACAAAAUGAGAUUGAAAAUUGGAUAUCCGGAAGAAGUCCUGAACAUCACCUUCUUGCAAGAAAGUUACAAAUAUGUACCCGAAUUUAACAUCUCCGAUCACUUCACAAAUAUGUAUCGAUACCUCUAUAAGAACAACGAUAUCUUAUGGCAUGAGAAACUGCGCCUUGCUUACGACCCGAAGAGUUGGCUUGUUCCCGUCACCGCGGUGGACGCCUUCUACAAUCCGAGCGCAAACGAGAUGUUGUAUCCUUCAGCAAUCCUACAGGGGCUUUUCUAUCAACACGGCCUUCCAAGUACUGCCGGAGGGCUGGUGUGGCUUACUGAGCUGAUGAGCGUGAGGCCGGGCUCCCAAGACCUUCCCUUCAGUAAAAGGCCGAUCAUCGACUCUCCUCAAGGUGCACUGGAGAGUCCGCAGAUGUUCUUCGAAAUGGGGACAGCGGCACAAGAGAUGAUCUGCACAGUUGCAGUUAUCGCCAUGGCCUAA